CAAACUUUCAUCCUCCUCAGCCCAAUCGAUUUGAAUCUAGAAAUCGUGAACAAGGAUCAAAUCCUAUUACCACUCAUCUGAGCCAUAAUGCCUGCUACAGAUACCCUUCAGCCACCUCUCUCCGAAGCGGAGCGUGCUAUUGUGAAAUCCUAUGGUGGAUGGACUCAGUUUAUGCAGUCUUUUGGGUUGAAGCCAUGGGAGCAGGAUGACGCUGAUGAAGGGAAGAGAAUUCUCGCCGCGUUUGUCGCGGGCGACAAUUAAGUUGGAGCAGUAUCAGCUGGUAUCUAUUGUACCUCGCCUAUGCUGUUCUAUGUGAAAUGAGUUGCGGAUCUGCUGGACUACGUUAUACAGCAGUCUCAAAUACCACUCCUAUGCCAUCCUAGUAGCCAUCUUUGUAGCGCAGGGUACCCUCACUGCGAGUACGCAAGUAUUGCUUGGCCCGCCUGAGUGUGUAUAUAUCUCUUCUUCAAGGUCGACUUGCUUCUAUUACCAAGGAAUUGCUAUCAUCAUAGUCCCUAUAACGUAUCUUUUGAGGUCAGCUUAAGUUGCGUAUGGACUUUUGCAGACGUGUCUAAUGAAC